AUGUCUAUACUCAUCAUAGGCGGAGGCAUCAUAGGCCUAUCAACAGCCUACUAUCUCUCUCUGAAUAAAUCACCAUCAGACUUGCAAGAGAUUCAUAUCAUCGACUCUUCGCCCGAACUCUUCGCCUCAGCAAGUGGCUAUGCUGGCGGCUUCCUCGCACGAGAUUGGUUCAACGUCCACCUUGAGGAUCUUGGAGCUUUAUCAUUCCGCCUCCACUGUGAGCUGGCCGAGCGACAUGGCGGCGCUAGAAAAUGGGGAUACGCAGGCAGCCACGCCUACAGUCUCAGCGUUGAUGACGUAGGCGUCCAUGGAAGCAAGAAGAAAGGAAGUUCGGGCGAUUGGAUACUGGAAGGCACGAGUCGGGCCAAUGAGGUCAGGACCAAUUCCGAGUUUGAUCGGGAGGAGAAUGGCGUCAGGAGAGGUGAUGUUGUUAACCCAGAUGGAUCGCCCGCUGUCUUCACGCCGCAGACCGGUGGGACAGUAGAAACGAUUGCUGGGCCUGAAGAAUGCGCGCAGGUCGAGCCGCGAGAGCUAUGUGAGUUUCUCUUGGGGGAGGCGACCAGAGCUGGAGUACAACUGCAUCUAGGCACAACAGCAACAAACAUCGUGAAGGAUGACGAAGGUAUUCUUUGCGGCCUGAAAGUGCGCUCUGGCAACAGCGAGGAAGUGGAAGAUAUCGCAUGCAAGAAAAUCAUCCUCACGGCCGGAGCAUGGACGCCACGCGUGUUCAAGACGCUGUUUCCUAACAGCAAUAUCACAAUCCCCAUCGAUCCUUUAGCUGGACACAGCAUCGCGGUGAAAUCGCCAAGAUACACAACUCCUUUCAUUGAUCCGCAUAAACGGAAUAUUGGAGGCAAGGAUAAUUGGCUAUGCUACUCGAUCUAUGCCGGGCCAACCCGCCAUUGGAACUUCGCGACCGAAGCUUACGCCCGUCUGGCGCGCAACGGCGAAUCAGAGAUAUGGCUGGGUGGCCUCAACGACAGUAAGCUUCCGUUGCCUGAGCUUGCUACGGACGUGAAGAAUCUCAUCGAUCCCAAGAAUAUCGAAAUUGUGCGUGCGACGAUCGUGCAGUUGACUGGGUUGGCAAAGGAGGGGGUUGAGCUUCAUGAGGAUGAUUUGGAGACUGUCAGGGAAGGACUUUGCUUCCGGCCAGUCAGUCGGAGUGGGAAUCCCAUCGUUUCAAAGAUUAAGGAGAGUCAACUGGGAGACUUGAAGGUUGGUGAUGGCGGAGUUUGGAUUGCUUCUGGCCAUGGUCCGUGGGGGAUCUCCUUGAGUCUUGGGACCGGUCUUGUUGUGAGUGAGCUCGUUGAAGGACGGAAGCCGAGUGCAGAUCUAAGCCACCUAGGCUUGAGAUAG